GGAGUCGGCGCGGGGGCGUGUGGCUCUGGGAGCGAGGUCUCCUGGGACGCAGGGCUCAGACCAGCACCACCCACUCACCCCCAGAACGAACCCGGAGGCUUGCUCCCUGCGGAGCGCAGACGCGGUCCGAGUUUUUCCUUCCCUGCCUCACUCGGAAGCUGCUCCGAGUUAAAGCUCCAGCCCUCCCCGCCCGCCCUCCGGAAUCCCUACUCAGCCUUCCCGAGUAAGACCGGCUCUGGCCGGGAGGAGAGGGGCAGCGGGGAGACGCCCCUUUUCAGGCGCUGAGUCCUAGCAGAAAUUGGUCUUUCGGGGUUACGUUGGGUGCGUUUCCUAGGGGGCUGGUCCCUGGUGUCCACUGAGGGAGGCCACCCGUCCCUUUCCGUCCCCCGGGUGGAAAGGGGAGGCUCAUGGUGCUUCUAGCGGCACCCUCAUCCGGAUGGCCACUCUGGAAGCAGCGUCCAAAGAGCCAGUGUUGAAAUUCACGCUCGGCAGCAAGCAGCGACGAUUUAAAAGCUGUGUGUGGUAUUUGUGAUAUCUGUGACGCAGUAGGGUGAGCUGGGGUGAUGUCCUUGUUUUGAUCAGAGCCCACAUACUUCUUUCCCUGUGUCUUCUGAGGCAUGGCCUCUCAACAGCUUUGGCAUAAAUUUAACUCGCUCAUUUUUCGGCAGAUUCUUAAAGGCCCUUGGUCUGUGCUGUUAGAGCAGAGCCUUUGUAAUCUCAUUCCACUUGUUGUGACUUUGGGAAGGAUCCCCCUGGGUUCAGACUCAGAGUCCUUGGCAGAGAAAACAGGAUUUGCUGAGCAAGUUACAGUGCAAACCAGAUUGUGUGUGUGUGUGUUGGUGGUGUUUGGAGGGGGGAGCAUCGAGCAAAGUUAAAAUUACCUCAGAGUUGCUGGACAGUGAGGCCCCUUUUCAGCUGACUUUCCUGAAUCUAGAUGCAGAAGAUAACAGUUGAGAUUCUCUGUGCCUCCUCCCUUGGUUUGGAUGUUCAGUUGAAAAUCAGUUGGUGGAUUUGGCAGUUUCUUAAAAAGUUAAACAUACAGUUUAUGACCCAGCAAUUUCACUCCUAGGAAUAUAUACCCAGAUGUCCAGAAUGUGGUCCACCCAUACAGUGGAAUGUUAUUAAGCCAUAAAAAGAAGUGAAGUACUGAGACAUGCUACAACAUGGACGAGCCUUGAAAAUAUUAUGCUAAGUGAAAUACUAAGUCAGACACAAAGGCCAUAUCGUGUAUGGUUUUAUUUACAGGAAUGUCCAGAAUAGGCAAAUCCAUAGAGACAGAAAGUAGAUUAGUGGUUUCUAGGAGUUGGAGGGAUGGGGGAACAGAGGGUAACUACUAAUGGAGUUUCCUUUUGGGGUGAUGAAAAUGUUUAGAAUUAGAUGGUGGUGAUUGUCGCAAAACCUGGUGAAUAUACUAAAAACCACUCCAUACAACUGAUGACUGCCCUGACAGGGAACACAACAGAGAGCCCUUGAGGGAGCAAGAGAGCAGUGGGAUGCAGACCUCAAACUCUCGUAAAAAGAUCAGACUUAAUGGUCUAACUGAGACUAGAAGGACCCCAGAGGUCAUGGUCCCCAGACCUUCUGUUAGCCCAAGACAGGAACCAUUCCCAAAGCCAACUCUUCAGACAGGGAUUGGACUGGACUAUGGGAUAGAAAGUGAUACUGGUGAAGAGUGAGCUUCUUGGAUCAAGUAGACACAUGAGACUAUGUGGGCAGGUCCUGUCUGGAGAGGAGAUGAGAGGGCAGAGAGGGUCAGAACCUGGCCAAAUGGACAUGAAGAUAGGGAGUGGAGGGAAGGAGUGUGCUGUCUCAUUAGGGGGAGAGCAACUAGGAGUAUAUAGCAAGGUGUAUAUGAAUUUUUGUAUGAGAGACUGACUUGAUUUGUAAACUUUCACUUAAAGCACAAUAAACACAGAAAAACCACUCCAUUGUAUACUAUGAAAUCGUGAAUUUCAUGACUUGUGAAUUAUAUCUAAAUUAAAAAAAAUCAGAUGGUAUGAGGCUUUCCUCUUUUUUUAAUUUUUAUUGUGCUUUAAGUGAAAGUUCACAAAUCAAAUCAGUCUCUCACACAAAAACCCAUAUACACCUUGCUACAUACUUCCAGUUUACUCUCCCUCUAUGAGACAGCCCGCUCUCUCCCUCCACUCUCUCUUUUCGUAUCCAUUUCGCCAGCUUCUAACCCCCUCUACCCUCCCAUCUCCCCUCCAGGCAGGAGAUGCCAGCAUAGUCUCAAGUGCCCACCUGAUCCAAGAAGCUCACUCCUCAUCAGCAUCCCUCUCCAACCCAUUGUCCAGUCCAAUCCAUGUCUGAAGAGUUGGCUUCGGGAAUGGUUCCUGUCGUGGGCCAACAGAAGGUCUGGGAGCCAUGACCACCAGGGUCCUUCUAGCCUGCUUUCCUUGUUUUUAAAGCUGUACUAUUUCUGCAAAAAUGUCACAUACUCAUUAAAAAAAAUUAAACAGUACAAAAAAGCUCAAAGAAUAAAAUAAAAAUGUCACUUGGUAACCCCUGUUAGCAUUUUGGUUCAGAGUGCAGGUCAAGUUAGACUGUUGAGGAAUGAACUCGGACAAGGUACUGAACUGCUUUCCAAAUGGGGAGAAAAGCCCGCACCUAUUAAAUGUGAAGAGAUGGGCCCAAUGUAUGCUAGCUAUUGUAAUGGUUACAUGAUGUGUGUACGUGGCUAGGUCCUUGUGUCUGACUGACUCUAAGUGGAAUUAGACUCUUCAUGCUACUCCGAUGCCUGCCUUUUUCAUAGAUAAACUUUUCAUGUAAAAAAAAAAAAAAAAUCAUCCAAAAGGGUAAAAAAGAAAACCACCCAUCCUUUAUAAAUUAAUGGCUACAGAAUAUUUCAUUGUAUGGGUGUAUCAUUUUAUCCUAUUGUCUCCUAUGGAUGGACGUUGAGGUUGUUUGCCCAGCGCUGCUAUGUGUUCACAUAUAAUUCCAUUCCACAGACACAUUUUUUAAAAUUGUUGUUGAAAAUAUACACAGCAAAGCAUACAUCAAUUCAACAAUUUCUAUGUGUACAAUAUAGUGACAUUGAUUACAUUCUUCAAAUUGUGCAGCCAUUCGCACCUUCCUUUUCUAAUUUGUUUCUCCCUUAUUGACAUAAAUUCACUUCCUUCUAAGCUUCCUCUCUAACCUUUUGAGUUGCUGUUCAGAAUUUGAUCCCAUAUAGUAGAUUUUUAAAGAGCACCAGGCUCAUGGCAGACAUUCUUUGCUAGUUAAGCUAGAGUGUUGUUCAGUUGAAGGAAGGCUUCAGGAGAUAUUUUUCGUUUAUGGUUUCAGGGCUAAAGAUUAUCUCUGAGCAGUAAUUUCAGGGAUUCAUCCAGCUUCAAUGGCUCUAGAAAGUCUGGAUUCCAUGAGAAUUGAAAAUCUGUUCCAUGUAUUCUCCUCUUUUGAUUAAAGCUUCUUCUAUAGAAUUUUUGAUCAAAAAGUUCAGUAACGGUACUGGCACCAUCUAUUUCUUCAGGCCAUACAUACUUUUUAAGCAUCUACAGGGUAUGUGGCCAGGAGUGCAGGUCCAUGGCUUAAGCAUACAAUUUGGGAGUCUGGCCAAGCAGAAGGGAGUCCACCUGUCCUUGGGACUGGGCGAGAAUGGCAUUGGAGAGCUGCCCCACACAGCUGAGGGAGAGACGACAUGCCUGAGUGUUGGGCAAGGGAAGCUGCUGAGGAGGAAAAUGGACUUUGGCUGGGGAAUUGCUGGCUUCCCCACACCCUGCCUAAGGGUGUCAUAGGUCAGUAGAGGAGAGAGAAGAGCAGAUUCCACGGAGAGGCCUCAGGCAGCUUGGAUGUAAAGCCACCUCCCCUCCCCUGGCUCUGCCUCUACGGUCCCCACAUGGGCCUGGCUAUGCCCUCAGCCCUCAGACCUCAGACCCAACAUGUGUCUGCCUUCAUUAAGGGGUGCUCCUAGUUGGGUGAGGGAAGACUUUGCCCUUUGGGGAAGCCAGGUCAUGAUUCUGGGGGGCUGAGCCAACCCACUGCCCAUCAAGCCCUGUCUUGGGAUCUCUGGACUUUCUCUCUUCCCAGGAAAGGGCUGGUAUGCCCACCUGAUCUUCAGAGCUGGCCAGUGUGUAGGCCCAGACUCUGCCCUGGGGUGAUGUCUGCUGGCCUCUCUCACCUUUCCUCCUGUCCUCCCCGCCACCCUUCCCCACAUUUUUCCCAGCCUUUCCUUCUUGCCACUGGGCCUCUGGCCUAAGCUGUUCUGUCUGCUGAGAAGACCCCUGACCCCAGCUCAUUUCAUUUUCAAGCUUCCCUCAGCAGUUUAGUGUGACCUGACCCACAGUAGAACCCUCAUCUCGAGCUGUGUAGACCCCUCUCAGGGCCUGUACCCAACCAGUGGGGCUCUCUGGGUAUUUUUCUGACUCCCUUGCUGCUGCCAGCUUGAAAGGGUUGUGCUGAAGGGGGCAGGCGAAAUGCCUCCCUCCCACAGCCAGCCUCAUCACCUCCCACGUUCCCAGGCCCUGCUCAGUCCCUGGUGUCUGCUCUCCUGACCUCUGGCCAGGCCUCUGGGCCUUCCUGGGUCCUUGCCCCAGGAGAUAGUCCUUGUGGCCCAGUUGGUAGGUUCAGCCUGGCAAAUGCUCAGGGGAUCAGCUCUGGACAACACUUUUGAAGGCCUGGGACAGUGAAGGUGGCACUGCUUGCCAGGGCAUUUGUCAUUCCCAGCCUUGCUGAGGGCUCAGUUUCUUCAUCUGUAAAAUGGGUGAUAUGCACAAGCCUCAGUGCAUUGGUGGCUACACAGGCGAUGCAAGGAGGAUGGCCUCUGUACUAGCCGGACGCUACCCCCGCCCCCACCCCGUGCUGGUCGGCUGGAACGUGCUCCCCAUGGAGCCCUUUGGCUGCUUCCUGUCUGUCCUUCAAACCUGACCUCAGAGUCCACUUCCUCCUUUCAUGAUACUCCCUUCUGUCCCCCAUGUGACCUCACCCCUUCACUGAAGCCCACAGCUGCUGCUUGGGCCUCUCUUACUGCUUUCUUUCCUUAGGGGCUCUCCCAGCUGCUGGUUCACUCCUGCCUGUCCUUGGGGCCUGGCACAACCCCUAGCUAGCCUUCCCCAACAGGCCAGUUACCCUGAGCCCGUCCCCCAACAACCGCCAACGCUUUCAGGAUCUCACCUGCAGUCAAGAUGGCUCCUCAGCCAGCAGGGCGACCCCUCUGCACCUGAGCGCCCUCUGCCUCCUGCAGCCCCACCCUAAUGUCCUCCGGGGCUAUGCUGGGCUAGAAACCAGGCCCCUGGUCGCAGCCCAGGCCAGCCCCUUGGAAGAUUGGGAUACAGCAGGGGACCCGGCCCCUAAGUUCAGGCUGCCUUGCACACUUACGUCUGCUCAGUGGUUCCGUGUCGUGUCAGAGACCCAGCACAGCGCUUUCCUCAGCCUCGUGUUCUCCGGCUCCGCUCGGGGCCAAGGGUCCUUGAAGUUUUUCUCUGUAGGAACGCAACCAAGGCGUGUUCUUAGUUUGCUGGGAACUGAUCAGGCUGUCCCAGUGCCCGGAUGAUGGAGAGCUUGGGGUGCCUUGAGCUGUCCCUCUACCCUCUGCAGACUCCCCUCAGAUGACUGCGCCCCAGCCCUGGGGUGGAGCAGGACCUUGCUCCCACCUCUCACCCUGGAGUCUGCUCUGAGCCUUGCCUCUCCCCGCCCUCUCUCUGACCAGCAGACAUGCCUUCCUGCUCAUAACUAGCACCGUUUCUUCCCCUAGCAGAUGUUUCUUCCUGCUGCUUAUCUCCUGGGGGUGCCCCCGCCCCCCGCAGUGCCUCACCCCAUCCCAGGUGUACAUGUGCUGUUCCAGGAAUGUAGUGGUGACCUCCCUGCAGCCCCUGCUGUCUGCCACUGCCACCACCUUGAGUUGCUCUGCGUCCUCUUUUGCAGGGUGAUGGUAAUAAUCUGCUAGUUGAUCUCCUUAGACCUGGGCUCACGCUGGUGACUUGAGGGCUGGGCAGCGUCUGAGGCAGGGUUUGGCUAGCUCAGUGCUUGAAGAAUCUGUUUUAGUUCCUUUGGAUUGGGGCAUCCAUGCUUUAGUUCCCCACAUGUGUGGCGCCAGUUCUUGUGAUUGUACACCUGCCCAGCUGCCCCACGUUUAUAUUACCCACCUGUUGGGUUCUCCAGCAAAACAGAGGCAACAGGAUACACACACACACUUAAAAAGAGAUUUAUUUUAAGGUAUUGCCUCAUUCGAUUGAAGGGGCUGGCAAGUCCAAAAUCUGCACGCAGGCAGCAGACUGGAAACUCAGCCGAAGUUAAUGCUGCAGUCUUGAGGCAGGAUUUCUCCAGGAAACCCCAGUUUUUGCUCUUAAGGCCUUCAACUGAUUGGAUAAGGCCCACCUACAUUGUGGAGGGUAGUCUCCUUUACUUAGAGUCAACCAAUUGUAGAUGUUAGUUUAGACAUACCUACAGAGUACCGUCACAGUAAUACCUAGAUUAGAGCUAGAUUAAGUAAUUGGGUACCAUAGCCUAGCCAAGAAGCCCUGGCGGCACAACAGUUAAGUGCUCGGCUGCUAACCGGAAGGUGGGUGGUUUGAAUCCACCAGCAGCUCCGAAGGAGACAAGACCUGGCUAUCUGCUCUCAAAAAGAUUGUUGUUAUUGUUGUGUGCCAUCGAGUCGAUUUCGACUCAUAGUGACCCUGUAUGACAGAGUAGAACUGCCCUAUAGGAUUUCCAAGGAGCAGCUGGUGGAUUUGAACCACCAACCUUUUGGUUAGCAGCCUGAGCUCUAGAGCUCUUAAACUCUAUGCCACCAGGGCUCCCCCAUAGAGCUUACAGCCUAGGAAACCCUAUGGGGCUGUUGUCCUCUGUCCCAUAGGGCUGCUUGGAGUCAGAAUUGACUUGAUGGCACACAACAACAAUAUAGCCUAGCCAGGUUGACGCACAAAACUAACCAUCACAACCCGGCCUUCUGAGUUUGCGAGCUCUGCUUUUGUCAGGGGAGGGACCAUAUCUGCCUGUCUGUCUUUCUGACUGCAGGAUCCGGAGCAUAGAGCAUGUCAGAGAGUGGAAACUCUGUAAACGUACAUUGUUGAAUCAAUGUUAGUCCCUCUUUAAAAGCCUUUGAUGAAGUAUAUUAAGUAAACAAAAGUGCAGAACAGUUUGUUUAAUGUGUACAAAAAAUUAUCAGGAUUGAGCACAGAACAUUUCUGGAAGGAUUCAUAAGAAAUUGGUAACAGCGGCUGCCUCUGGAGAGGGGGACUAGGUAGUGUGGAAACAGGAUCUCUCGUUCCUUCUGAAUGUAAUUCAGAUUUUACAAAAUAGAAAUUUCAUUAAAAAAUGAUUAUGUAAUUUAGAAAGGCCAAGCCUUGGCAUUUGAAGCCUUUCUCGUUUGGGGUCCACCCCUUCCCUCCCAGCCCUCUCUGCCCCCUGCUGACUCUGAUGUGGUUUCCCCUACUUUCCUAGCAGUCCCUGGUUCGAGAUGGGGUCCCAGGUCUCAGUGGAUGUGGGAUCAAUGCACGUGGUGAUCGUGGGUGGGGGCUUCGGCGGGAUGGCGGCCGCCAGUCAGCUCCAAGCAAUGAACGUCCCUUUCACGCUUGUGGACAUGAAAGACUCCUUCCACCACAACGUGGCAGCCCUCCGGGCCUCCGUGGAGAGUGGGUUUGCCAAAAAGACAUUCAUUUCCUACUCAGUGACCUUCAAGGACAACUUCCGACAGGGCGUGGUGGUCGGGAUAGACCUGAAGAAUCAGACGGUGCAGCUGCAAGGCGGUGAGGCACUGCCCUUCUCACAUCUCAUCCUGGCCACAGGCAGCACUGGGCCCUUUCCUGGCAAGUUUAACCAGGUUUCCAGCCAACAGGCUGCCAUCCAGGCCUAUGAGGACAUAGUGAGGCAGGUCCAGAGCUCACAGGUCAUCGUGGUGGUGGGAGGAGGCUCAGCGGGAGUAGAGAUGGCAGCAGAGAUUAAAACAGAGUAUCCUGAGAAAGAGGUCACUCUCAUUCACUCCCAAGUAGCCCUUGCUGACAAAGAGCUCCUGCCUUGUGUCCGGCAGGAAGUGAAGGAGAUCCUUCUCCGGAAAGGCGUGCAGCUGCUGCUGAGCGAGCGAGUGAGCAACCUGGAAGAACUGCCUGUCAACGAGUAUCGAGAGUACAUAAAAGUGCAGACAGACAAAGGCACGGAGGUGGCCACCAACCUGGUGAUCCCCUGCAACGGGAUCAAGGUCAACAGCUCCGCCUACUGCAGUGCAUUUGAGAGCAGACUCGCCAGCAAUGGUGCCCUUCAAGUUAACGAGUACCUCCAGGUGGAAGGCUACAGCAAUGUCUACGCCAUCGGUGACUGUGCUGACGUGAAGGAGCCCAAGAUGGCCUAUCACGCUGGCCUCCAUGCCAACAUUGUCACGACCAACAUCAUCAACUCCAUGAAACAGAGGCCCCUCAAGGCCUACAAGCCUGGUGCACUGACAUUCCUCCUGUCCAUGGGGAGAAAUGAUGGCGUGGGCCAGAUCAGUGGCUUCUACGUGGGUUGGCUCAUGGUUCAACUGCUCAAGAGUCGGGACCUGUUCGUCUCCACGAGCUGGAAAACCAUGAAGCAGUCUCCACCCUGAUGGGGAAGCUGGGCGAGGGGCUGAGGUUCACAAUGGAUGGGUGAACAGACUGCUGGACAGACGACACCAGUCUAACAAGUGCCAAAAAGCCGAGCUUUUUUUCUGGAGUCCGAUGCCAACAAUGUACUGCCUGGGAACACAA